UUGUGUGGGGGAGUUGAGCCAGCUGCCACAGAGUUCUGUGUGGAAGGAGGGCUUCAAGGCAGCCACCAUUAUGAUCCGCUUCAUUCUGAUCCAGAACCGAGCUGGCAAAACAUGCCUGGCCAAGAGUUACAUGCAGUUUGAUGAUGAUGAGAAGCAGAAGUUAAUUGAAGAGGUCCACGCAGUGGUCACUGUCCGAGAUGUGAAGCACACCAACUUUGUUGAGUUCCGCAAUUUCAAAAUCAUCUACAGGCGCUAUGCAGGGCUUCAUUUCUGCAUCUGUGUAGAUGUGAAUGACAACAACUUGGCUUACCUAGAAGCCAUUCACAACUUUGUGGAGGUUUUGAAUGAAUACUUCCACAACGUCUGUGAACUUGACCUGGUGUUCAACUUCUACAAGGUCUACACUGUGGAGGACAAGAUGUUCUUAGCCGGCGAGAUCCGAGAGACCAGUCAGACCAAGGUCUUGAAGCAGCUCCUCAUGUUGCAGUCCUUGGAAUGAGAAGCAGGGAAGCCAGAACAGCCAUGUUGGAGCUCCCCUUGCCGGACCUUGCAGCCCCUGCCCCUCUGGGCCCAUCUCUCUCCAACUGGUUCCUUGAGAGACUUGCUGAAAGCAAACUUGGCCACUUGAUUCAUAACGGGAUGG